AUGCUCACUUCUCAUAAUGUCUGUUCAGUACCCAGCUCCUUCCAGCUCACUGGCAUCCCAGGGCUGGAGUCCCUACAUAUCUGGCUUUCCAUCCCCUUUGGCUCCAUGUACCUAGUUGCUGUGGUGGGGAAUGUCACCAUUCUGGCUGUGGUAAAGGUGGAGCAUAGCCUGCAUCAGCCCAUGUAUUUCUUCCUGUGUAUGUUGGCUGUCAUCGACCUGGUUCUGUCUACUUCUACUAUGCCCAAACUGCUGGGAAUCUUCUGGUUUGGCGCUGGAGACAUUGGCCUGGAUGCCUGCCUAGCUCAAAUGUUCCUCAUCCACUGCUUUGCCACAGUUGAGUCCGGGAUCUUCCUUGCCAUGGCUUUUGACCGCUAUGUAGCCAUCUGCAACCCACUCCAUCACACUACAGUGCUCACUCAUACUGUGGUAGGACGUUUGGGGCUGGCUGCCCUCCUCCGGGGUGUACUCUACAUCGGACCCCUGCCUUUGAUGAUCCGCCUGCGGCUGCCCCUUUACAAAUCUCGUGUCAUCUCCCACUCCUACUGUGAGCACAUGGCUGUGGUCACCUUGACCUGUGGUGACAGCAGGGUCAACAAUGUCUAUGGGCUGAGCAUUGGCUUUCUGGUCCUGAUCCUGGACUCAACAGCCAUUGCUGCCUCUUAUGUGAUGAUUUUCCGGGCUGUGAUGGGGCUGGCCACACCGGAGGCCAGGCUUAAAACCCUGGGAACAUGUGGUUCUCACAUCUGUGCCAUUCUGAUCUUUUAUGUUCCUAUUGCUGUUUCUUCUCUCAUUCAUCGAUUUGGUCACCAGGUGCCUCCUCCAAUCCACACUCUACUGGCCAACUUCUACCUCCUCAUUCCUCCAAUCCUCAAUCCCAUUGUCUAUGCUGUCCGCACCAAGCAGAUCCGAGAGCGGCUUCUCCAAAUCCUCAAGAUAGAAACCAAGAUCAAAUGACUUAACUUUCUUCUCAAACAAGCACACAGAGAAGGGAUUGAAAUACGCUGGGCAUCUUACGAGAUGGGAACUUCAAGCAGUCUGAGAUGUUGGGCCCA